AUGACAGUUUUGUUGCCUAGCCUUGAGAUGCUAGAGUUGCUCGGAAAAAACAAAGUACACAUAGUGGACUGCCAUAUGCAAGUUGGGUCUUUUGACCAACUACGAUACAUAUUUGUUUCAGAUUGUGGAUUGUUGAACUUGGCUGCAGCGGCUCAACUAGAACUGUUUCGAAGCGUCCAAAGCAUUCGAAUAGAGGGUGGUGAUGCACUUGAAGUCGUGUUUGACUUGGAGGGGCUAAAAGCUAAGGGUGAACAGGCAGAAGUUAUACUCGGUCAGUUAGAGUCAUUGGAGAUCCAUUAUUCAUCUAACUUAAUGCGUAUAUGGAAGAUGGUUCCCAAAGGACUUCAAGGUUUCCACAAUUUGAAAACACUUCAAAUUUCCUAUUGUGGGAGCUUGAGAUAUCUGUUGUCACCUGUUAUGGUAAACUUACUUGUGAAUCUGCGAGAUUUACGCCUUGUAAAUUGCGAGAUGAUGGAAGAAAUUAUUGAAACAGGGCAAGGUUACCCUGAAAUCAGAAUUAUGGAUGACAUAGUCACAAACCAAGAAGGAGAAGAAGUGAUUGUGUUCCCACGAUUAAGCAGACUAGUCCUUUUUAAUCUAGAAAACGUAACCGUUUUCUACUCUGGAAAGUGUGGACUUCAAUUUCCCUCAUUAGAUCAAGUGCACAUAAGCAACUGCCCGAAAUUGAAAUUUUUUUGUUCCGGACCGCUAUGCACACCGAAGCUUGAAAGAGUGAACACCAGCAAAGAUCAAUGGCUUUGUAUGCGUGAUCUUAGCACCAGGGAUAUCGAGUGUGUUUGGAUGGGUGAUCUUAACAAGACAGUACAACACAUAUGA